AUGGAAUCGUCGGAGUCUGCCGCGAGCGUGCAUGUGACGGAAGCGAUUAACCAGAAGAAUGAGGCGAUGACGAUGUUGCUGAGGGACCUCCAAGAGGAGAUAAGGAGUCGAGAUUCCGAGCUGGCUCAGACUCGACUCGAGCUCGCGGCGAGAAUAGAGGAAAACUCUAAACUAAUGGCUCAAGGCGAAUCCCUGGAGGCGGCAGUCGAAUUCAAAUCCAAUGAGAUAACGCGUAUGCGGGAAGAAGUGGAAGCGUUGAAUGAACAACUGGACUUUCUAAAGAAGUGCGGUUUUGGGGACGAGUGGACUCUCGUUGACUAUGAGGAGGCUCAGCCUGCAUCAUCAACUGACCAAGGCGAUGGGGAGGUUGGCGCGUCCUAG